UCAAAUAUCCUCAUACUUACCUGCUGGUUGUCGUGAUUUUGUGGUCCAUGAGGGACUGAUGGUGCAACGAGGGGAGGAGAGAAGACAGAGCCACAGAGGAUUUAGUCUCUGAGAACGCCCUGAACAGUGAGUUAGCAUCAUCUCAAAGAGAAACAUGCACCUACAAUGUGGUCGUUAAAUAUAAAUGGUUGAGAUUCUGAUCUGUGAAAAAUGAGUUGGAUGCUCUCCAUCUGGGUGGCGGCGGCCCUGCUGGCUCUCUGUAAGGGACAAAACACUGUGCAUGAAGGAAAUAGCCUGUCUGCAUCUGGCUACCAUCUGUGUAUCAACAAUGAGACGAGGAAUGUGAGUUUCCUUGUGGUGCACACAGUCUCCGAUACUGUGACAAAGAAAUGUGGCGACUGGCUCCUCUGGAGGACGUGCACAGUCACAGUUUACAAGAUGACCUACAAGACUGAGUACAAGACAGUGACGGAGCAGGUGACCAGAUGCUGCAACGGCUACGAACAAGUCGGCCGUUACUGCGCCCUGCCUGUAAACAGGAGUGUUGAGUUCACUGCCAAGCCAGGAUCCUGUCCAACUGCGGAUGGAUUGCAUCCCAGAUAUGAGGACUGCGAGUGGGACAUGGACUGCCCAGGCUGGCUGAAAUGCUGCCAGAGUUUGCGUGGCUUUCUCUGCAUUGAUCCUGCAAGCUCAGCAAAUUAUUCAGAGAAUGGAGGAUGCCGUUUUAACGCAACCGUGACAGUGAAGACAGAUUACCAGCAACUGAUGUCCAAUGAAAGAGGACAUCUGAAUCAUAUAAGACUGCUACAAGCAAUGGUGACUGGAGCUCUGCAGUCUGAUGUCUCAGUGUAUUACCUCAGCUCGCAGCCUGUGCAUCCCUACAGAAGUGCCACCUCACUGCUGAUUGAAUCCAACUGUACUCUGUCUCUGUACAAUGUCACGUCAAAGCUGCAUCUUCUCCUCAAACACAUACAGGAAGUGUCGUCUGUAACUGUGGAAGAUGUAGAUGAGUGUGCAGAGCCUGCUCUCCGUCAGUGUUCCCCUCAUGCAGAUUGCAACAACACAAUGGGCUCCUACCACUGUGCCUGCCGCCAAGGAUAUAUUGAUGUUGACCCCAAUAACCCUGGAGCCCAUUGCACAGCUGACGUCAUGGUGGCGACAACCACAGAGCCCCCUUUUACCUACCUUCCACCCAUGACCACAACCUGCCCCCCAGCAUUCACCACUGAGACCAGCAUGACUACAGCUCUGAGUAAUACAAGCUCUGUCCCUUAUAAUAAUUCAUCACAUGCUCCGCAGUGGACAACUUCUGCACCAUAUAGCAGCAUGAGCUCAACUGUAGAGUCACCUCUGCCGACAACCACAUGCUCUCCUCCCAGCAUCACCAGCGUAUGGGCGGCUAACGUCACCGGAACCUCCUUUUGUGUCUACUGGUCCAGCCACUUUCAGACAAACCAGACCUACCAGGUUGUCCUGAGCAAUGGGUCAGAGGUCAUUCAGUCUUGGGGAACCAGUCAGACCAUGUUGGAGGUGAGGGAUCUACUGCCUGGGGUGCUCUACAAUGUUACUGUCACGCCUCGGUCCUGUGGAGGCCAAGGAGUCGCACUUCAAGUAUCAGUCAAGACUGAUGCUCAGACUCUUGACGUCACAGUGCGACUAACCAACAUCGAGUUUACUGCUGAUCUGCAGAACACCAGCAGCCAGGCCUACGAAAACCUCACUGAGAGCAUUGGAGCGGAGAUCUACCAGUCUCUGUCUCCAGAGAUCAAGGCCCUGGUGGAUUCACACCAGGUCAGAAUUGAGAUCAGAGGCUUCUCGCCGGGAAGCGUGGUGGUCAUCUUUUCCAUCAUCUCCACCCCGAGUCAAAGCCAAGACAUCAGUAAUGUGUUGACGGCUGUGCUGAACUCCCUGAUAAACAUCACCAAAUACGCUGUGGAUAGAAACAGCACAAGCACAACUGAUUUUAACGAAUGUGCUUCAGGGGAAAAUGACUGUUCGCAGUCGGCUACAUGUACAAACACCUGGGCCUCCUACACAUGUGUUUGCCAGGAUGGAUUCAUAGACAACAACCCAGAAAGGCCUGGACGAGCCUGUCAGGCAAUCGCAACCACCACGACUGCCCCUACUACCACCACAACUGCUCUUAUAACCACCGCGACUGCCCCUACAACCACCGCUAUUGCCAUUACAACCACCACUACUGCCCCUACAACCACUGCUGCCCCUACAACCACUGCUGCCCCUACAACCACCAUGGCUGCCCCUACAACCACCCCUACAACCACUGCUGCCCCUACAACCACCAUGGCUGCCCCUACAACCACUGCUGCCCCUACAACCAUUACUACCCCUACAACCACCAUGACUGCCACUGCAACCACCAUUUCUGCCCCUACAACCAUUGCUGCCUCUGCAAUUACCACUACUGCCCCAACAACCACCAUGACUGCACCAACAAUAACUGCUGCCCCUGCAAUCAUCACUACUGCCUCACCAACCGCCACAACUGCACUAACAACCACCACAGCUGCCCCAACAACCACCACAACUGCACCAGCAACCACCACUACUGCGUCAACAAUCACCGCUGCCCCUGCAAUCAUCACUACUGCCUCAACAACCAUCACUGCUGCCCCAACAACCACUACUUCCCCAACAACCACCACUGCUGCACCAACAACUGCCACUGCCGCAACAACCAGCGCCCCAAUAACCACUGUUACUGCACCAACAACCACCACUACUUCUACAAUAACCACUAUUCCUACAACCACCACGACUACUUCAACAACUACCACCUCUACUGCAAUGAUACCCAUGACCUCUACCCCUACAACCACUCUUACCAUACCCACUACCACCAUUACUUCUCCUACAACCAGUGGUGGUGCCGUGAGAACUGCCACCACAGCCAUCUCAGUCCAGUGCAGACUUGCUGCCAUCACUGUGACAAUUGACAGGGAUUUUCUUCAGAACAACAACAUCCGGGAGAGCACCCUAUAUUUAGGCUUGCCGGAAUGUGGCGUCAAUGGAGGCAAUGCCACCCAUGCCCAGCUGACGGUGGCCUGGAAUGAGUGUGGCACCAGCCUCGUGCAUAAUGACACCUACUACACGACAUCUGUAACCCUGUUUAACUCCAUGGACAUGUACACGUCAUCCAGUGGAGCAGUGGAGGUACCCAGAAAACGCUUGGAGGUUCCCAUCAUGUGUACCUACAUGAAGAGCAUGCUCAUCUCCGCUGACUUCGGCUCCAUGGGGUAUGACAUGAUCCAAGACCUCAUCAUGGGCUCUGGGUCAUUCCAGGUGACAGUGCAGCUGAUGAACGGCACAAUGCCUCUACCCCACAACUACAGUCUGUCGUCCGAGGAGACUGUGGUGGUGGAGGUCAGCGUCAACACCUCCUCAGACCAGAUUAAAGUGGUCAUCAACAAAUGUUGGGCCACUCCCACCCAAAACCCUGCGGACACCCCCAGCGAAACCUUCCUGGAGAACAGCUGUUCCUUGAACCAAUACACCACAGUGCUGAUGAACGGGAACUCCAGCACUUCACGUGUGUCUGUGCAGAUAUUCUCAGUUGUCGACAUGGAUGUGAUUUAUCUGCACUGCCAGGUCCAGAUCUGUGUGGAGAUUGGAUCGGAUACCUGUGUGCCUGACUGUCUACAAAGAACAUCUCGGUCUUCACACACAAUCGGAUCGACUCUUAGGACCUAUGGGCCUGUGUGGAGGUCAGGUGAAGACUCCUUGGAAGAGGGUUACACCACUCUUCACAUAGUUGGACUCUCCUGUCUCGGAAUUGGCCUGUCGCUCUUAUUCAUCAUUGGUUUCCUCUGCCUUUUCUACUACCAGAGGAACCGCAUUGGAAACUACAACUUCAACGCCAAACCCAAGCAGGAGAACUUCACCUACCUUGUCUUUAACACCUAGGGGUGCAGCAGAUACAUUUAGUAGGCUAUUACAGUACAGCUGCCACCGGGUGGCACUGUUGCCCCACUCACAUUUUAGUUCUCACCAAACACUGCAAAUCUUUGCACAUUAAACAAUGAAGGAAGUACAGAUUAUAUUUAUUUUUCACCUUCUCCAUUGACAUAUAUUUAAGAUAUUAAAAUGAUAGAGUAGUUUCACACAGAUUAUACAUAUUUCCUGAAUGUUAAACUUUAAAGGUUCAGUGUGUAGGAUUUAAAGGGCUAUAUUGGCAGAAAUGGAAUAUAAUAUAAUAAGCAUGUUGUAUUUGGUGAAUAAUCACUGUAAAAUAAGAAUAGAACAGUUUUUGUUACCUUACAAUGAGCUGUUUAUAUCUGUAAAGGGAGCGGGUCCACUGCCACGGAGAUCGCCAUGUUGCACCCCCAUACAGUAGCUCAGAUAGGGCCAUUUGUGUUUUUGCAUCGGCCACUGUAGUUUGCACCCCCUCUGCAACAAGAGCAUCGGGAAAAACAGAUUUUUUUUUUAACGUGAAACUGCUUUAUUCAGUGUUUUUACCGGUUUAAACCACCUGGUUGGUUAAUUUAGAGAAGAGACCUCUGCAUAUAAUUCAGCUCCCUGUAAAAUCUCCUGAAGUUCUGGAUUUUAAAUCAUCAGAGAUAAAAGGUGAUGGGCUAGCGGUUCGUCUCUGACAUGCCAAACAGCAUCAGAAAAACAUUGAUUUGUAAUGUGAAACAACUUUAUUCAGUGUUUUUACCGGUUUAUAUGAUCAGGUCUGUAUAUUUUGGAGAGGAAGAGACCUCUGUGGAGAAUUUGGCUCAUGGUAAAAAACCUCCUGAAUGUCUGGACAUGCCAAACAGCAUACGAGAAACACCAAACUCUUUUACACUGUCUGUUCAAGGUGGCAGUAUUGCCUCGCCGAGCUGUAUGUAAGGUACAAUUGCAGAAUAAGUGAACAGAAUUGUCUUACCUUCAAGCCACCAUGGGGGGGAGUGAAAGUGUCGAAACGGUGCCUGUAUAUUUCACUGGUUUUAAUCACCUGGUUUGUUUGUUUUGGAGCGGAAGAGAAGUCUACGGAUAAUUCGGCUCCCGGUAAAAACCUCCUGAACAAUAAACGCCCAAAAAAAGUCUAACCAGGAGAAGUUUCAGCAAUCUGCAAUUCUCUCUCCGCUAGAUGCCACUGAAUCCCCCUAAAUCUUACACACUGGACCUUUAAAGAAUAGAUAGAUAGAUAUGCCUUGUUAAGAUAAGAAAUGUCUGUGAACAACGUUUGAAGCUACAUUUGGCCCUCAGCCUAGACAAAGAGGCAUGAGGCAUGAUGAUACUGGAGAGAAAAUGAAAAUUUACAUAUUUAGAUAUUGAUAAUACCCAUUGAGUACAGAGAAUAUCUCACUAUAUCACAUCUACUUCACAUCAAAAAUUGUAAUGUAAUGAGUUUGCACUGAACUGCAUUGCAUAUCUUUGUAUAAGUUAUCAUGUCAUCAAAUGUGCUUAAUUUAUUGUGCAAUAUUGGUCAAGCACAGUUCUCACUUUAUUUUCUUUUAGCUGCUAUUUUUCUACAAUAACACAUUAUGUAUUUGUACUGUUUGUUACACAUUUUGUUGUCACUUAUAUGAUCUCUCCUGCUGUAAGUGGUGUAACAAUAAACAUG